UCUGUUCAAGUGGUCCAGUCCUGAAAAAGUUUGAUAUACAUGGAUACGAGCCCCUUCGCCGAAGUCGCGGAAAAUUUGUCAAAGAAGGGAACGGUGACCGUCACAGGGAAUCAGCUGACGUUUGUCGUCGAUAAUUUGGCAGAGAAAGUUAAGAAGAGUUCCAGGCUGAUGUCUGAUGAUGAUUCUAGUCGGCGGACGUCCAGUUGUUCAACUCCUUCCACCAGUGGAUGGUCUGACGUACCAGCCAUUGAUGGAGGUAUUCUUGAGAAUUUAGAAAAACAGACUCAAAAAUUGUCAGAAAGUUUGGACAAAAUUAUAGAAAAGUUGACAAAGAAAUUACACGAGACCUCAGCGAUAACAGUAGGAUACUGCCAAACAUACAGCGACGCAGCGAACACUAUGGGUGUUGAGGCAGAUGAGUCUGUCAAGUCAAUGUAUAUGCUGAUUGCUCAUUGUGAGGAAUUGGACAAAGCAAUGGCUCCGGUUUAUAAGGUUCAUAGCAAAAUAAAGCACAUCAAAACCGUCCUGGCUGCAUUGGAGUCCCAGGUCAUAUGACAGAAGAAAGAACUAAAUUUUCAGAAAACGUUCAAGAAAGAACUUAAGGUUGAAGAUCUAAUGAUCAAAGCAAUUAGUGCACUUAUGCGUGGACAAUAUCAUUGUUUUCACUGAUUACGGUAAAUCAGUGUUUCUUUACUCCUGUAGUAUGUGUACCAGUUUAGGCCAUAAUUUUUUUCUGAUUUUCCUUAUUUUUAGUUCUAUUACGAGUUCGGGGACUGUGUUAUCCAAGUGAAUAUACCCCCUGCCAAUAGAUUUCAUUCCUUGUACACAACUUGGUGUAAAGUAAUGAGGCUUGACUCUAAUCUGGUACACACACUACGGGAGUACCCAACUUUUUCACUCAUCACAUGUGCAGACAAUGAAUGCUUCGUUUGCAGUAAAAAUGUGACCCCAAGCUGAAUCCACAUUGGACCAGAUAAAAAAUUCGGCCGCACCUCGUAGAUUGUCUUCACACGAACCAUUUUUAGACCUUCCGUGCGACCCAUACUUUAAGAACCACUGGACUGAAUCUUUCACUCUGCCAUCGUGCUAGUGAAACCAACCAGGGCUCUGAAUCGAAUUGUGACUCAAACGUUUAAAAUUUCAGGAAUUGGAAUCUAGUUUUGCACCACUGUUGUCCCAUUUGGCUAGGUUCUCGAUUUUGCGAACCAAUCAUAUUCCGUAUUGUAUUGCAUGUUGUCUAUGAAUAACCACUGUGAAUUUAAAUAUAGAAUCAAAUAAACGUCUCAUGUAAAA